GGCGCAGUUACACACGCGCUGCUCCAAUACAGCGACACCGAGAGACGGAUAGACGUCAUGUGGAGUUUGAGCUCAAAACAAUGAUGUUUCUGACAGAUAGAGCACAGACUCUGGGUUUGUAAAGCAGAGAGAAUGAUCGCAGCGCGCUGUCUGGCGUCUAACGCGCCGCUCAGGGUGAUGUUCAGGGCGGGAGGAUCGAGCUGUGUCCAGCGGAAGGUCACAACUGUGCUGAGCGGUGAAACAACCGAGAGACACACACGGAGGAGAGCAGGAGCUGCUGAGAACUACACACACACAAGAGAACACAACUACAGCAACACGCCAGCUGAACACCUGCACAACUACACAACAGAGUGUGCGCAGGUGCUGGAUAUGCCUCUGCUGGUGUCUGCGCUGCGGCAGGAGAACGCAACCGAUAUCUGCGUCAUCAGAGUCGCGCCGGAGCUCAAAUACACCGAUUACAUGAUCAUCGUGAGCGGAGCGUCGCCUCGACACCUCAGCGCAAUGGCAGCGUUUCUGAUCAAAGUGUUCAAGACUCUGCGUAAGGAUGAGGAGCGACAUGUUCGUCUGGAGGGAAGCGACUGUGAUGACUGGAAGUGCAUCGACUUCGGCUCAGUGGUGGUUCACCUGAUGCUGCGGGACUGCAGAGAUCAGUUUGAGCUGGAGAAGCUGUGGACGCUGCGCUCCUGUGAUGAACAGCUGAGCCGCAUCCCUGCUGAAACCCUGCCUGAAGACUUCAUCUACCACAACACACAACACACACCAUCAGCCAGCUCAAAUAAACACACUGACUGACUUCACAAA